CACGGGACACACGCCGGUGUCGGAGCGGAGCACAGGCUGUGCGGAGCCGCUACCAGAGAGACACACACACGGGAGAGAGUAGCGGUUGCCGCAGGAGGUGGCACGACAGGAGCGGUCUUUAUGGGAAGCAGCACUUUCUCUUAUUAAUUUCUCUGUGACUUUUGUGCCGCAUUAAAAAGCAGCUUGUGCCGCUCGGACUGAGGCUUCCAAGGCUUUGGGAGCUGCUACUCGGGACUUUAGCUUGUCACCACCAAGCCCCUUCAGGAGAGCCAACCCUCGUGUGCGCAAAAUACGCGGGGACGCAGUGUGGGAGAUACGGGGGCUCGGAGCCUCUCAGUCGGAACUUGACGCGCCCUGGAGCCGCUGUCCAGACCCUCCGGAGCGCACGUAUCGCCUCCCAGCUGCGGAGCGCACGUAGUAUCGAUAAAGGAGUUUGCUCACUAAUUUUUGGAUGAGGUGGAGUGGCACCGCAAAUGGACAGACUUAAAAGGCUAAAGGGCUGCGCAAUUAAAAUCUCUCCAAUUCUAUUCAGUGACAUGUAGUUGGCACAUAGUUUUCUCCACCGAUGGUUUAAAAAAAAAAACGACGUGGGAUUAUUACUGAGCUGGUCUAGUUUUGGCUGCUGCCAGCGGUUUUUGGUCCGAAAGCGGUGUGGAUUUUUUUUGGAGCAACAGAAUCAUUUGUGACCUACGAGGUGGAAACAUUAGAAACUUAAGUCUCUCCACGAGUUUCUGCGUCGUCCAAGAUGGAUUUUGUGGCAUCGUUGAUUGGAUUUUUAAUGGCAAUGUGUCAUCUGGCAUCGAGAGUCACGGGAGAAGAUGUGCCAGAGUGCGGAGGUGUCUUAGACGCCAGCGAGGCGGGUUACAUCACCUCUCCCGGGUAUCCUCUGGAGUACCCGCCUCAUCAGAACUGUCACUGGAUCAUCACGGCACCGGAGCCCUCGCAGCGCAUCGUCCUCAACUUCAACCCACACUUUGAGAUCGAGAGGCUGGACUGCAAGUAUGACUUCAUCGAGAUCCGCGAUGGGACUUCGGACACGGCUGACGUCCUGGGCCGACACUGCAGCAACAUCGCCCCAGCGCCAAUCAUCUCAUCUGGACCCUCCCUCCAGAUCAGAUUCGUGUCAGACUACGCCCACCAAGGGGCGGGCUUCUCUCUGCGCUACGAGAUCUUCAAAACAGGGUCGGAAUUCUGCUUCCGCAAUUUCACCAGCCCCUCUGGCAUGAUCGAGUCCCCGGGGUUCCCGGAUAAAUACCCGCAUAAUCUGGAGUGCUCCUACAUGAUCAUCGCCCCGCCCCACAUGGACAUCACCCUCACGUUCCUGACCUUUGACCUUGAGAACGAUCCCCUGCUGGUGGGAGAGGGCGACUGCAAGUACGACUGGCUGGACGUGUGGGACGGCCUGCCGCAAGUGGCUCCUUUGAUUGGCCGCUACUGCGGGACAAAGAUCCCUCCAGAGAUCCAGUCGUCCUCCGGCCUGCUGUCCCUCUCCUUCCACACCGACAUGGCCGUGGCCAAGGACGGCUUCUCCGCCCGAUACAACAUGACGCACAAAGAAGUCAGCGACUCGUUCCACUGUAGCAUGGCGCUCGGUAUGGAGUCGGGGAAGAUCAGCGACGAUCAGAUCACAGCUUCCACAACCUUCUACGACAACCGCUGGUUGCCACGGCAGGCCCGCCUCAACAACGACGACAACGCCUGGACACCUUCAGAGGACAGCAACAAGGAGUAUAUACAGGUUGACCUCCACUUCCUGAAGGUUCUGACAGGCAUCGCUACACAGGGCGCCAUCUCAAAGGAGACGCAGAAGUCCUACUACGUCACUACCUUCAAACUGGAGGUCAGCACCAACGGCGAGGACUGGAUGGUCUACCGUCACGGCAAGAACCACAAGAUUUUUCAUGCCAACACAGACCCAGCUGAGGUGGUUCUGAACCGGGUCCCGCAGCCAGUUUUGGCCCGGUUCGUCCGGAUCAGACCGCAGACCUGGAGGAACGGCAUCGCCCUGCGUUUCGAGCUCUACGGAUGCCAGAUUACAGAUGCCCCGUGUUCAGACCUGCAGGGCCUGCUCUCCGGCCUGCUCCCUGAUGCCCAGAUCUCAGCCUCCUCCAGCAGGGACAUGGUGUGGAGUCCUGGGACCGCCCGUCUGGUGGCCAGCCGCUCCGGCUGGUUCCCGGCACCUGCACAGCCCCUGGCUGGAGAGGAGUGGCUUCAGGUGGACCUCGGUGUGCCGAAGACCGUGCGCGGCGUAAUCACCCAGGGGGCGCGGGGAGGGGACGCAGGAAGCGGGGCAACCACAGAUAACCGGGCCUUUGUCAGGAAGUACAAAGUGGCACACAGCCUGAAUGCAAAAGAGUGGAAUUUCAUCAUGGACAGCAAAACUAGCCUGCCCAAGAUCUUUGAGGGGAACACACACUACGACACCCCAGAGCUGCGUCAUUUCGAGGAGACAGUGGCCCAGUACAUCAGGCUGUAUCCAGAGAGGUGGUCUCCAGCAGGGAUUGGAAUGAGAGUGGAGAUACUGGGCUGUGACCUUCCAGAAACCACCACGCCGGCGGACACCGUCACGCCCACUCUGCCCGCUGACAUGGAAACCACCACGGUCCCCAUUACGACUACAGCAGCCACCUCUCCUCCAUCAGACAGCGUGUGUGACUUUGACCACGGCCUGUGUGGGUGGACGCACGACCCCAACGCCCCUCUCCUCUGGUCCCUGCACAGCCACGAGCUCAACAGCUACCUGUACAUGGACGCCAGCCUAAAGACAGAGCAGCAGCGAGCCCGCCUCGUGAGCCCCGUGGUGGCGGCCGACACCGGGCCCCUCUGCCUCCUCUUCUCCUAUCAGCUGUGGGGGGAGGCCCAGGGCCACCUGAAGGUCCUGCUGCGGGAUGCCCACAACGAGGAGACCGUCCUGUGGACGCUGAAAGAUGACCAGGGCCCUGUCUGGAAGGAGGGUCGCACCAUCCUGCCUCGCUCCCCAAAAGACUUCCAGGUUGUGAUGGAGGGUUUCUUUGUGCACGGCACCAGAGGACACAUCUGGAUCGACAACAUCCACAUGAGCUCCAGUAUCCCUCUGAAAGAGUGUACACAACCCUUUGCAGCCUUCUCUCCUGAAAAUCCAGUUAAGAGACCCAACGAGUUUGGAGAUGGGCGACUUUUCAGUGGCAGAGACCCUCUAGGUGGAGUUUUACAGUUCCCCGAGUGGAACACGCCAUCCCCGUCAUCUGAGCCUCCGGUGACGCGUGUCUCAGAGAAGGACAACUCGUGGCUGUACACCCUGGACCCCAUCCUGGUCACCAUCAUCGUCAUGAGCUCCCUGGGCGUCCUGCUCGGGGCGGUCUGCGCCGGCCUCCUCCUGUACUGCACCUGCUCCUACAGCGGCCUGUCGUCACGCUCCUCCACCACCCUUGAGAACUACAACUUUGAACUGUACGACGGCCUCAAGCACAAGGUCAAACUGAACCAACAGCGCUGCUGCACUGAGGCGUGAGGCGGUUCGGGGGGGAAGGAAACCCAACAGGAGACGCAAGCGAGAGCGAGAGAUGCAGCCAUUUCGUGAAAACCUCUCACUAUUUUCUUCAUUUCCUCCAGUUCACUUUAGUGUCAUUUUACUUCCUCAGUGGCGCAGAUCCCUGGACACAUGGACAACAAGAAAGCCACUCAAAUGAGAACUCCUGCUUGGAAGACAUGACACAGUCCAGUGUUGGUAGUUGUAGUGGUGAAAAAACCAAUGAGAGAAAUACUUGGGGAUGCCCAGAUGGAUUGUUCCGUUGCGGGGAUGUCAGGCCUCAAAAAAUAAAUAUCUACACAUAUCAAUUACAGAUUCCUGCUCCACCAAAAGAGAAGUGUUUAUAAAUGCAUCAUAGAUUUGUAAGAGGUCUAGUUUUGAAACUGGAUUCUGUAAGCUACACGUACUGAGUCAGAACACAUUGUGUUGGAAAGGUGGUAGGUUAGGAACGUGCUUAGAGAGCGUCUUUUUUGAUCACAUGUGAACACAGUGGCCUAGAACUUAGCUCCUUUGUGUGGCCCGUUGACUUUUUUUUGUUCCCUCAUAGACUGCUACCUAUCAGCCUCAGUUAUCCUCUUAGUUCCCGGCAGUCUGUAGUAUUUUUAGUCACCGACGUCCAUCAAGCCUGUCUUUCGGUCACCCUCUUUCUGUUUAACGUGUUCGUUCUGGCCUGCCGCCAGCCUGUGAUGACAGAUAAGUAGAAAAAAAAGAGGCAAAGAAAGUGUACGUGUGUGUAGACGAGGGGAGGAGGGGGGCAUUUUAACACAUUCUUUUAACGACAGAGAGAGUUAUUGUUAGAUUUAGUUGUCAGAGACUGUUGUAACUGGUUCCUGUCAAAGAGAAGGUCAUGUUUACAUUGCGGUUAAUGGUGAAAGGUCAAGGAGUUUUGUCGGUGCAACCUAUGGAUUGCUGGUAAGGACAGAGACUGAACACCACGGAAGAAAGAGAGAGAGAGAGACUAUGACUGACGGAGCGCUGAAAACCCCCUGCUCUCUCUCUCGCAGGGGCGAUGUGCUUUCGCGAGGACAAAAAACAAAUAGGAUGAAAAAGCAAACGCACAGCCAGAAACAGCUCUUCUCAAUCGACUGACUGUGUGCCCGGGCACACGACAAGCCUUAAAAGCAAAACCGUUCACGGAAAUGUCGAAAAAGGAACGUUGAGGCGGCAGCGGGAAAAGAGAGGAGGUGUCCAUCUCUCUCUUUUAACAUGUGGACCUCAAAAGCCAUGAUUUAAAGGACCUACCCCCCACCCAACUCACACAUACACACAGAUCACGGCACCCCCACCUCAACCAACUGGCUCAUUACGGCCUAUUUCUGAAGUUGUUUUUGUUUUCUUUAUGUGGGCUCUCGCACAGCAAGGCGGCCAUUUUUCAGGACGGUUUUGAACCAGUCUUGCGUGCUCUGAAUGGACUCAUAAGCCAUGAGAAGGAGAGGGUGAGAGAGCAAGUCUCCCACCCAUGCACAUGCACAUACACACAUCACUUCACUUGUAUAUACAGAUGUGUAUACAGAACAUGAAUACACACCCUCUCUGGCUCAGAAACACAUGAAACUUUGGACACACACACACACACGCUGAGAGGCGCUCAGACCCAAGAAUGAUGGGAACAGUGUCAACUGCUUGGCCUGAGGUAUACAUUUGUGAUCAUGGCACACGUAAACACCGUGGAUUCGCCAUACACACGCGCACUCAACAUUUCAUCCCGUUUACUGUCACGUACACACAUGCACACACAAACGAGCCGUCCCUCUCCUCUGAGGCCCGCUUUUCUGGACCCCACUGACUCUCUUCAAAGUGCCUUGGAGCCUCGGGGAUCCAGCUUGCCUUCGGAGCCGGUAUCAGAUACUGUAAUUUGACACUGACAGGGACAGUCACAGCGCCCCCUUCUACCUGGGAGGACCAAACAAACGUUAAAAAGGACAGGAUCCCCCCUUUCGCACUGCUCGGACUGCUGUUAUUGUUGUUUUAAAGGGGUCUUUGUACAGAAAUGCUCUUUUUAUGAUUGUUAUUAUAAUUAUUGUUAUGAUUAUUUAAUAAAGGAUUUAUACCAUACA